AUUACACCACAUUUUAAAGAUGGCGGAACAAGACCUGACUUCGAAAAUUGGCUGUUAUUUAGAUCGACAUUUAGUGUUUCCAUUGAUGGAGUUUCUGUCAGUAAAACAGGUCUAUGAUGAAAAUGAAGUGUUACAAUGCAUAUUGGAACUUCUCAACAACACCAAAAUGGUUGAUCUAGCCAUGGAUGUUUUUAAGCGCAUCAACCCUGAUGAAGAAAUUCCCGAAGAGCUUAUUGAGAAACGUGCUCAAGUCGUUAAGGAACUUAAGCAACUCGAGGAGAAGUCCGAACCUGUCACGAAACUGUUUCAAGAUGAAGAAUUUGUUGAGAAAGCACAGACGAGCAGAGAUGGCAAACACUUGUUCGAGUUUAUACAAAAGGAAAAGGGAGUGGAAUAUGAAGCUGUUGAAAAUCUCUAUCAUUAUUCAAAGUUUCAAUACGAAUGUGGAAAUUACUCGAGUGCCGCAGAUAAUCUCUAUUUUUACAGAAUUUUAGCUCAUCAUACUGAACCCAAGACAGUUGAUGCGCUUUGGGGAAAACUGGCUUCAGAGAUUUUAAUGCAGAACUGGGACGCUGCACUGGUUGAUUUAGACUCGCUUAAAGAAGUUGUCGAUCAAAACCACUAUCCUGAGUUACAACAGCUUCAGCUGAGAACAUGGCUGCUUCAUUGGAGUUUGUUUGUGUAUUUUAAUCAUGCCAAAGGGAGAGAUUUAUUGAUAGAUUUAUUUCUCUAUCAACCAAAGUAUCUUAACGCAAUACAGACGAUGUGCCCUCAUAUACUGCGAUACUUAACGACAGCGGUUAUUACAACGAAAAGACGUCGGGUCGUCCUUAAAGAUCUUGUCAAAGUAAUUGAACAAGAAUCGUACGCUUACAAGGAUCCCAUAACGGAAUUCUUGCAGUGUUUAUACGUGGAUUUCAACUUUGAUGGUGCACAGAAAAAGCUCCGCGAAUGCGAAACUGUUUUGAAAAAUGAUUUCUUUUUAUGUGGCUGUAUUGAUGAGUUCCGAGAAAACGCGAGACUUUUUAUAUUUGAGACAUUUUGUCGAAUACAUCAGUGCAUCAGUAUUGGAAUGCUAGCAGAGAAGUUGGACAUGUCACCUGAGGAGGCGGAACGUUGGAUUGUUAAUUUGAUACGAAAUGCAAGAUUGGACGCCAAGAUAGACUCGGAAAAGGGUCACGUUGUCAUGGGAACUCAGUCUCCUUCCGUUUAUCAGCAAGUGAUGGAGAAAACUAAAGGAUUGCUGUUUAAAUGUCAGGUCCUGGAACAGAAUUACGAGAAGAAGAAGAAAAGUGGUUCGGGAGAUCACUACAUGGUAAAGGGAAACUGGACAAAUACUUAUGAUACUUCAUUUAUGAAAAACUGAAAGCUCCGAAUCGUUAUUCAAAACGAACAUGAAAUAUCCAUUUUAUUCAUCGCGGAGUCCUCAAAAAGGAUAAUUACGUGCUUCGUCCUCGGUGAUGCAAGACCAGUUUCGAAAUUAGCAAUGCCUCGCCUUUCAUCUCUGACUUCUUGCGUCAAACUCUGCUUAUGUACCUGUUGUUGUUAUGGUAACGAUUGUUUACAACCUGUAAUCUUUCUUUAUGAGUUUCAAAAAAAACUCAAUAUUAUUGUUUUCUCGAUAACUUUUUAGAAGAUUUUCAAGCGAUUGAAUUUGUUUCGUUUUCUCAUUUCAAACUUUUAAAAAGAUCAUUUGCACUUCGAAAACAUUCCUGCAUUACCUUAAACGCAUUAAAGCAGCAGGUUAAUACUUUAAUAAAUACGUCGACUGGUUGUUUUA